UUUUUUUUUUUUAAUAAUGCCUUCCAUUACUCCUACUUUAUUCACUCCCAUCAAGAUCGGAAAACAUACUUUACAACAUAGAAUUGUGCUUCCUCCUUUGACAAGAAUGCGAAAUGAUGACGACCACAAGCCCACUGAUGACAGUGUCGAAUACUACAAACAACGUUCUACUCCAGGUGGAUUACUUAUUGCAGAAGGCACUGUUAUUUCACACGAUGCUGGUGGUUAUCCUGGAACACCUGGUAUCUAUACAACUGAACAAAUCGAGGCUUGGAAAAAAGUGACGGAUGCUGUUCAUGAUAAGGGCGCAAUCAUCUUUCUUCAAAUCUUUCAUCAUGGUCGAACAUCACCUGCUUAUAUGUUCCCUGAUAAUCAUCCUCCUGUGUCAGCCUCUCCAAUUGCUGUGAAAGGUAUCUCUUAUGUGGGGUUUCCCUAUGAAACCCCUCGUGCUUUGGAAAUUGAAGAAAUCCAAUCCAUCACUCAAGAUUUCGUUCGUGCUGCCGAAAACGCUAUUGCUGCAGGAUUUGAUGGCGUAGAGAUUCAUGCUGCCAAUGGUUAUCUUUUGGAUCAAUUCAUCAAUACAUCAAGUAAUAAACGUACUGAUCAAUACGGUGGGUCAAUACAGAAUCGAGCUCGAUUCCCGUUAGAAGUGGUGGAUGCUGUGGCAAAGGCUAUUGGUGAUGACAAGACUGCUAUUCGUUUUAGUCCUUGGUCUGAAUUUCAAGAUAUGGAAGAUGAUACACCUGUUGCUACAUGGAGUUACAUUACUGAACAACUUGAAAAAACCCACCCUGGAUUGGCGUAUCUUCACUACAUCGAACCUCGUGUGAAUCUUUUGCUAGAUGGUCCUGAAGAAGGUGAGAAGGUGGAUACACUUGACCCUUUCCGUGCUCUCUGGUCUGGUCCUUUUAUUUCUGCUGGUCAUUAUACUUUUGAUAUCAAAUCUUCUUUUCAUCGUGCUGAAACAUCACCCAAUAAUUUGGUGGCUAUAGGUAGAGCUUUCACCAGUAAUCCUGAUUUGGUGGAACGCAUACGCAACAACUGGCCGAUUGCUCCGUAUCAUCGUCCUACUUUAUAUUCCACUGGACCUGUUGGCUACAUCGAUUUCCCUCCUUACAGCAAAAACAAUUAGUUAGUGUUAUAUACCUUUAAAUGCUGUAGAUUAUUUUCAAUCAAAUAAAAUAUAUACCUUUUUUUAAUUAUUUUUACAA